AUGGCGGAAAUUCAAAUUCCGAAUCAACGCAAAUCCAGCAGCUCUAUAUCACCACACGUGCGUAUUCAACGCGAGCGCUGGUCAUAUGGACACGACCGACACGGCUCUUUCCAGCAAAUAGACGAGUUUGCAUCCAAUUACACCUGUUGGGCGUUUGCGCUAAGCAAGGAACACGAGACAUCACAACGAAUUUUGGGCAACCAAUAUUACACUUGGCUUGGACCACUUCGAGCUGGACUCGAGUAUCAGAUCAAUGUGGUCUAUUUGAACCGCGAAAAUCGUGUGGUAGCCAGAUGCAUGACAACCGUUCGAACCGUAUUCUCACAAGACGAACUCUCUGAACUAUACAACAAGGCGACACGAUGGUCGAAUCAAAAGAUGACACAAUUAACAAACCUCACUCGCUGUAAACCACAUGAAUACUUCGAUGACAUUCAGAAUAAUCACGGAGGGUUGAUGCGCACUUAUUUGAAAGACCUGAAUGGACACGAGGCGUCAGCAAUCAACGGAAAACUCAAAGGACUAUUUUUCGCGGCUCGUCUAUGGAGUCAAUAUUCUUUCGGAGGCGGCAGCUAUUCAUUUUUCGGGGACCGUCGUCUGACCAUACCAAUCGAACGUUUAAUUGAACGUCCAGAACAGACGAAUCUAUAUUUCGCUGAUUUCUACUGCAAUUACACACAACACUACGUGACAAUUGUGGUCACCAAAGAAGGCUCGAUGGCUGACUGUUUUUGUGCGGAACAUUUGAUUAAGAUGGAAAUUGACGCAAAUCCUUUCUUCACAGUG